UCACACCACAUGUUGCCUUUAACUGCUGCACGGAGCCCAUCCUGGGGGCAGAACCACAGCUAGUUACUGAAGGAGGGAACCUACUGAAGCCUCCCUCCUCAUCUUUGUCGUUAAUCUCACUUCAUUUGUACUGUAAGUUGGUGUGGAGGACCCCGUUGAAGACAAGCGGACUUUCCUUCCAGGAGCCCGGCAGUUGCUGUUGGUGUUGUGGUUGGUUGACUUUGGUGGGAAGGGGACAGGAUGUCUAACAACAUGGCGAAGAUCGCAGAUGCUCGAAAGACGGUAGAACAACUGAAACUGGAGGUCAACAUAGAGAGGAUGAUGAUAUCCAAAGCAGCAGCUGACCUGAUGGCUUACUGUGAAGCUCACGCCAAAGAGGACCCCCUGGUGACACCAGUGCCUUCCUCAGAGAACCCGUUUCGAGAGAAGAAACUAUUUUGUGUAAUUCUGUAACAGCCUACACAUCUACACUUCCAGCUUUUUAAUUUGUGAAUUAAAUUUCAGCUUACAUAACAAACACAGUGAGGAAUUCAGUUUUGUAAUUGAGGUGACCAACUUUACCUGAGGAAUGACGAUCAUGUGAAUGUGAUAAUGACGGCAAUAAAGAUUUAUUGAAA